AUGCGGCCGAAUAAAGAGAAAGGAGGGAAGAAUCGUCGUUGGGGAAAGAUCGACAGUCAUUACUACAAUGGAGAGUUAGUAUUCAGAGAGGACCGCCACGAAUACGCACAAGUUACUAAGCUGUUUGGCUGUUGUCGGCGCGAGGCUUUCUGCUAUGAUGGCAGAACCCGGAUUUGCCAAAUUCGGGGAAAGCUACGGAAGAAGGUCUGGAUCAAGCACGGCAACAUCAUCCUGAUUGGCCUCGGGGACUUCCAGGAUUCUAGAGCGGACGUGAUUCUGAAGUACAGCGAUGAGGAGGCAAGGAAGCUGAAGGCCUAUGGAGAGUUGCCAGAGACAGCCAAGCUCACCGACAGUACCACGGUCGCACCAGAUGAUGAACAUUACGUUGUUUUCGACGACAUAUCAGACCCUGAGGAUGAUGACAGUGAUGCAACGACGUGA